AUGGCUGGCAAUAACGAUGCAAUCGCCCAAUGGCCUCCAGCGUCUCCCAAGGAUGUCCUCCGACUUACUCCUAAAAAGCCACAUACAAAUCCCAUUCACUCCUCCCCUCUCCGUCGCACAACCGCCGUUUCUCCAUCUCCGCGAUCCCGUCGUCCUCUCCCCAUCGACGAAGAAGAUGAAGACAGCGAUGCCACCACUUCAGAUGAAGACGAGGAAGCUUUACAAUUACAGCUUAAAGCUAUUGAAAUGAAACUAAAGCUGAAGCGCCUACAAAAGGAGAAGAAACGGAAAGCAUUAGCUGCAGCAGCAAACGCCGAUAGCUCGAAUCCAUUACCUCUACAAUCAGGACGGGUAACACCGCCUCCUCCUUCCCGACCCGCCUUUGAACCGGAUGUUCAAGUCCCUGUUUCUCCAUCACCUCGAAAACGAAAUAUGGGAAUAUCAGACGCAAAUCCGCCACAAUCGCCUUCGAGAGUCUUGCUAGGAAUAGAUAAGGGCUUAAGAGCCAGGGAUAUAUCGCUAAAACGUGCCCCCGGAAUGACAAAUCUAAUAGCAGAGCCUCCCAGGAAACAGCAGUUUACAUCGAGUACUUCGAGUGCUCUACACAACGUCACAAAAGACAAUCCAUUCGCCCCUAGAUCCUCGAGGAACUCCACGAUAACUCCAGCCGCCCCCGUGGAACAUGUUAAAACUUUCUCGGAGCGAAUAGCGGAACAGAGAGCAGGAAUAACAGCUAAGGAAGCGAGAGCUAGAGAGAAUGAAAAGCUAAGGAGUAAAGGGUGGAGUACCGACAACGGCGACACUGGCACAGCAUCAUCCACCGUUUCUUCGACCAAAGGGACGGAUUCAACCCUUGUACCUUCUCGGACUUCUUCGGUAGCUUCACGUCGUCCUUCUAAUUCCCAACAAAACGUUGGCACCCGUCUCCAAACUUCACGUGUAACUUCAACAGCCUCAACGGCUUCCACAGCAGUAGCUACAGAACCUCCCAAACCCAUCGGUUCCAGUUCUAUUAGUGGUCCUGCAGACCCUACCUCAGCGAGCCAAGAAACCUCUGACUUAGGCUCUGGCUUCGACUCCUUCUCCAGCCUUCACCUAUCCCGUCGUUCAGUCCCACAUACCACCCUCUCCCGCCACCUCCAGGAUAAAGAACUCUUCCAGCUCCCUCGUCUUCUCAAAACCGUGCAUUCACCCGAAUAUGACCCACCAGACGUUCCAGGUGACUGGGUCGUCUUUGGAAUCGUUUCUUCCAAAUCCGAGCCUCGUGAUGUAGCCCGUGAAGGCGGUGGGAAAUAUAUUGUAAUGCAACUCACCGACUUGAAAUGGGAACUCGAUCUAUUCUUCUUCGGCUCGACAUUUCAAAAGUACUACCGAAUACCGGUUGGAACGGUGCUAGCUAUCCUAAACCCGAAUAUAAUGAAACCGCGAAAUCAAGAUAGUGGAAAAUUCUCAUUAACAUUAUCGGACAUCAAUGAUGACGCAACGAGUAUUUUGGAAAUCGGCCAUUCGAGGGAUUUGGCAGGUUGUAAAGCUAAAAAAAGGGAUGGAAAAGAUUGUGGAGUUUGGGUUGAUAAAAGGAGGACGGAGUAUUGUGAUUUCCAUGUAGAACAGUCGGUGGCGAAAAAUAGAGCGGGGAGGAUGGAGUUGAGUACUAUGGGCAAGCUAUAUUCGCCUCCUAAGAAUAAAGGAGGGAUGAGACCGAAGAGAAACUUUUUGAGGGGGGGUAAACAGGAGAGGGACGAUGGGUUGUUACCGUUGGGAGGGUCGGGAGUGGUGCCGGAUUUACCGGUUAGAGCUGGUGGUGGUGGGGGGAAUGUAUACGUCUCCGCCGGGUUUUCGACAGCAAGGUUGAUUGAUGGAGGGGAGAAGACGGGGGAUUUGAAUUGGCAAAGAGAAAAGGAGGAACGGGUUAGAAGAGUUCUGGCCAGGAGGGAGAAGGAGAGGGAGGUUACGAAGGGAUUGUUGGCGGUGGGGAAUAAUAAUACUGGGAUGGAAUAUCUCAAAGCGAAUUUGGAAGAUGAAGUGAAAGUUGUUACCGGGGGACAAAGAGCGAUGGAGAAUGCGGGGAAGAGCAUUGGGAAGGGACAGACGGUGCAAGAGGUUAGGAGUAAAGCGCUUGAAGAGUUUAGGAAGGGAAUGGCGGCGGUUAAGGCUUCUGAUGUUACGUUAUCGCCGGUGAAAAUUAAGAGGAAGGUUGCUGAUCGAAAAAGCGGAUCACCGGAGCCCGGCCCAGGAAAAGUAGCAGGAACGGAUGACGAGAGAGCUAUUAAGAGAACUAGGAAGACCGAUGAGGGACCUGUUGGGUGGGCGCAGAGGGACGUUAAGAAACAUUUAGAGAGGAAUGUGGCAUUGACGACUAGUGGAGGGUUUAAACAGACACGGUUAGAUUUUGGAAGAGCGAGGAGUCGAAGCAGGAGUAGGAGUAAGAGUCCGCCGAAGGCAGUUGGAGUUUCUGAUGAAAUAUUUGAGAGGGAAGCUUCACCGACAAAGAGUAAUAUGAAACCUGCGGUGGGGCUUGGUGGAAGGCCUAGGAGGGAUUCUAAGACUGUCACUUUUGCGCCGACGCCUGAUAAGAGGGCUGUGGACGACGAUGAUAGUGACGAUGAUCUUGAGAUUCUGGGGAUGUGA